AUGGCGAAAACCUCUUCUCUUUCAUCGACAUCGAAGAAACCGCGGGAGAAAAAUGAGAAAACUGUUGAGAAGAAAGUACGAAUAGAAGAAAAGGAGAAAGAAAAGCCACAACAACAGCCACAGCAACAGGAGCAACAACAGCCACAACAGCAACAGCAACAGCCACAGCCACAGCCACAGCCACAGCCACAGCCACAGCAGCAGCAGAAGAAGAAGAAGAAGAAGAAGCAACGACGAGUUCAGCGAAAAGAAUCGUAUUCGGUCUAUAUCUACCGUGUUCUCAAACAGGUUCAUCCGGAUACCGGCAUUUCGUCGAAGGCAAUGUCAAUUAUGAAUUCUUUUGUCAACGAUGUCUUCGAGCGAAUUGCAGCUGAGGCAAGCCGUUUGGCACGUUACAGCAAGCGAUCGACAAUAUCAGCUCGUGAAAUCCAGACAUCUGUUCGUUUGAUUCUUCCCGGAGAAUUAGCGAAACAUGCUGUGUCUGAGGGUACGAAAGCUGUCACGAAAUACAUGAGUUCGCAAUAA